CACAUUGCAUAUGUGGCAAGCAUUUUGCAAAAACAAAAAACACAUAACACAUUGCAUAUGUGGCAAGCCUUCGAAUUGAUACACCUCUGUGUGCUUUCUCAGAGGCAGAAGUCUCUCAUACAUAGCGGCUAGUGUACUUUAAUCCUUGAUGAGGCGAAAGUAAUUUUACAUACGGAUGGAAAUCCUUGGACUGGGAGAAUCAGAUUAUUUAAAAAAAAAUUAAAUCAACCGAACAAUAUUUAGGGUUUAACUUUGACAGUAACAGAUCACCGUGAAUAACAGUAGAAAUGAAGCUAGUACACAAGGACAUUACUCCACAGGGUCCUGGGACUGCCAAGCUUGUGCCAGAGGAAGCUGAUGAUAUGUGGCACGUAUACAAUCUUGUUUCUAAAGGUGAUAAGGUUGUGGCAAACACUGUCAGGAAAGUUCAAAGAGAGUCUUCUUCCGGAGACAGAGAUGUAGAACGUGUUAAAUUAAAGCUGGAGAUUGAAGUUCAGGCCAUUGAUUAUGAUAAUGUUGCAGCAAUCUUACGAAUUCGUGGCAAGAACAUUUCUGAGAAUGAGCAUGUGAAGAUUGGAGCAUUUCAUACCAUUGAAAUUGAAACACAACGACCUUUUCAAUUAAAAAAGGAUGUCUGGGACUCUGUGGCUUUGGACACUCUUAAGCAGGCUUGUGAUCCUGGAGCAAGUGCUGAUCUUGCAGUGAUCUUGAUGCAAGAAGGUCUGGCACACAUAUUUCUUGUUGGUAGAAGUGUAACGACAACAAAAGCCAGGAUAGAAGCAUCAAUUCCACGCAAGCGUGGUCCAGCUAUUGCUGGUUAUGAGAAGGCUUUGAACAAAUUUUUUGAGAAUGUUUUGCAGGCAGUUCUUAGGCACUCUGAUUUUACUGUUGUCCGUUGCAUGGUAAUUGCAAGUCCUGGAUUUACAAAGGAUCAAUUUUAUAGCUAUAUGUUGCUUGAGGCAGAAAGACGGGAGUUAAGAUCCAUCAUAGAGAACAAGUCACGUAUUGUCCUUGCUCAUGCUUCUUCUGGAUACAAGUAUGCUUCUCAGGCAUUUCCUGCUUUUGUUUUUUGA